AUGUCCCCACGCACACGCCCACGCUUCCCCUCACCGUCGCCCACGCUUUCCCCCAUCGUCGCUCACGCUUCCCCUUACCUCCGCUCACGCUUCCUCCUGCCUUCCCCCACGCUUCCCCACACCGUCGCUCACGCCUUCCCCCACCUUCCCUCACGAUUCCCCUCUCAUCGCCCACGGUUCCUCCUACCGUCGCCCACGCUUCCUCCCACCGUCACCCACGCUUCCCCCCACCGUCACCCACGCUUCCCCCCACCGUCGCCCAAGCUUCCCCCCACCGUCGCCCAAGCUUCCCCCCACCGUCGCCCACGCUUCCCCCCACCGUCGCCCACGCUUCCCCCCACCGUCGCCCACGCUUCCCCCCACCGUCGCCCACGCUUCCCCCCACCGUCACCCACGCUUCCCCCCACCGUCGCCCACGCUUCCCCCCACCGUCGCCCAUGCUUCCCCCCACCGUCGCCCACCGCCACCGUCGCCCACCCCCACUGUCGCCCACGCUUGCCCUCCCAUCGCCCUCGCCUCUCACCCACCCUGGGCGGGGAGGUAUGGCGAGCUGGGCUGGGAGCUGGGGAAGGGGUCGUGACUCGUUCGCUGUGGGGUGUGGAAGGGUGCGUGGUCAGCAGCACCCACCCUUCUCUCUCUUGCACUGACCUCCUCUCCUCUCUCGCACCAACCCCACACGCAUGGCAGGUGGUGGUGCGGCUUUGGAGCAGAGUGUUUGGCGCACAGCCAGGGCAGCGCGUGCAGGCGGGCAGCAAGGAGUGCAGUGCUGCAGGGGGCGGGUCAGGGGAGCGGGGGAGGCGGGGCAGGGGAGGCGGGGUCGUCCUCCUCUCCCUCUCCCUUCCUCCCUUCCUCCAUCUCUCUGCCUCACUACCCUCUUUACCCUCUCUGUUGCCCGUCCUCCCUUCCUCCCUUCCUCCAUCUCUCUGCCUCCCUACCCUCUUUACCCUCUCUGUUGCCCGUCCUCCCUUCCUCCCAUCCUUCUUUCCUGCCAUUCUUCCUCUCCUCAUCCUCCCUCGAUCCACCGCACUUUUUCCUCUCAUCCGCCCAUCAUCUCAUCCGCCCAUCCUCUCAUCCGCCCAUCAUCUCAUCCGCCCAUCAUCUCAUCCGCCCAUCAUCUCAUCCGCCCAUCCUCUCAUCCGCCCAUCAUCUCAUCCGCCCAUCCUCUCACCGUCGCCCACGCUUCUGCCUUAG